AUGACGCGCUAUCUCUGCAAAUCAUUGAGCCUGUCCAUUCUGGACUUCCCGUUCCCGGCACUCAUGUCGCAGAUCGACGAUGCCAGGUCGGUCCCGAGACAGCAGUCUCUCUGGGAUUCAGAGCCCGCGGAUCUGUCGCGGGCUCAGGAGGAAUAUUUCCUGGUGUUGCUCUGGCAAUCCUUUCACUGCAUCUGUCCAGUAUUAUCAGAAGGGGACUUUCGUGCAUACUACGAGUCAUUAUGGUCGGACGCAAUCCCUGAACUGGAGGGUCGCCGGAAGCCAUCCGCCUUGGUCGACAGUUUGCUGGCGGUUUGUAUGCAAUAUGGUAGCACGUUCCUGGUAACAGACGACGAGAGCGUGGACAGUGAGCAGGCCACCAACACAUCCUCAUUGGCCCACGGCUUCUACCAGCGAAGCCAACGGCUACUGAUGAACGAGCUGGAAGCUCCGUCGAUCGCCUCGUUGCAGAGUUACAUUUACGGCGUCAUCUACCUGUCCAACGCAUCGCUCCUGAAUUCCGCCCUCGUCGCUUUAGGAGUGGCCAUUCGAACGGCUCAGGCGCUGCGCCUGCACUUGCGCCCGCUGGAUGGCACGCCGCCCGAGGAAAGGGAACUGCAUCUGCGCAUCUGGUGGUCACUGUACCAGUUAGACAGCUCUCUCUCCAUGACCCUAGACCGUCCGCCGCUCCUGGUCUGGAACGACUUCGCCUGCCCCCUUCCAAGCGAUCACGGUGGAGCUGCGGAAGCUGGGCCGCUCUCGGGAACAGCGCUGCCCUCGUCCGCGCACCAGAACAUCAGCUGGCUUAGCUUCCACGUGCAACAAGUUAAGCUCACGGUCGUGGCCCAACGCCUGCAGGCGGCCUUCAAGGCCGAAUGCGCCCGACAUCUGAGUCCGACCGUGCAAGACAUCUACGACGAGCCGGCCAUCAUCGAGUCUCUGGCGGGCUUUGUAGGGCGGGAAAUACGCACCAUCUAUGACUGGCUGCAGGACGUCCCCGGGACCCUCAAAACCGAGCGAAAGGAUGGUCGCGAGCCUUUUUCCACCGAUCGAACACCUCUGAUCCUGGAUUCCACGGCCCCCCUCUGGCUGCAACGUCAGCGACUGCUGCUGGAGAUUAUUUAUCAUCAUUUUCAAAUCGCUACACUCCGUUCAUUCGUGCGCUUCCCACCGAGGGCAUCACCUGCGACGCCGCUCUGCGAUAGCCACAGCAUCAGCUGCCUCAACCACGCCAUGAUGCUGACCAAUCUGCUGCACCAGGUGCUGUCCGAGACGGACAUUCUCCGCGGCUGGCGGCCCGCGGUGCAGUAUCAGUGGGAUGCGAUGGUGUGCAUUCUAGCCUUCGUGCUCGCCAACCCUGUCUGUCCACCCACCCCAGCAGGGCGCCAGUGCCUGCAGACGGCCAUCCAUACCUUGGAUCUAAUGGGUCGACAAUACGCCGUUGCCCGGAACGCCGCCCAGAUCGGCCGGGAGAUCGCGCGCCGCGUCGAGUGGCUCGUUGAACAAUUCCGCAGCAGUCUCUUUCCCGGUCGCCAGCUGCAGCCUACUCCGCCGACUCAGUCUCCGGCGGACUUGGGCUCGAUGGUGCCGCCUUGGACGACGCCUUCCGCCACCCCGGGGUUGACCGAGUCGGUGCUGACCGAGGAGCAUUGGCAGGCCUUGAUGACCAAUGUCCCUAUAGACAUCCCUUUGUCAUUUAACCUCGAAAAUGGACUGCCUGGUCAAAGUAUCAUCACUCCACCCCAUGACGUGAUCUCCCCUACUGCGUCUCUGUCGGAUGACGUUUUAUUGGGGCAGUGGCCCGACUUAAUGAGCGGUUUCGUGGCGGAUUCCUCCACGGCCAACCAUACCCCUGAGACCAUGUUUCGACGUUAA